CCGGUACGAAACGUCAAAACAGUGUUUACUAGCGAGCACGUUCCGCUGCACAGUACGGUCUCGUACUUUAUGGUGUAAUUUGAGCAAAAUUUGCGUAAAAUAGUGAACGGUUUAGUUUCUAACUACUUCAUAAACAACUGAGAAAAGCUUUCCCGAGCGACGGCACGAUGCAUGCCGAGGAGAAGCAUUGGAAAGAGGAGGGCAAAAACUACAAGAAAGUGCAACGUGCUCUCGAGGAAAAAUGGAAGCUUGUACCGGCGUUUCUACAGGUAAAAGGGCUGGUAAAGCAGCACAUCGAUUCGUUCAACUACUUCAUCAACGUGGACAUUAAGAAGAUCGUUCAAGCGAACGAAGAGGUAAAAAGUGAUGCCGACCCAUGCUUCUAUCUGAAGUACCUGAACGUACACGUCGGUAAGCCGGACGUGGAGGAAGGUUUUAACAACACCAAGUCAACGACACCGCACGAAUGCCGGCUGCGGGACAUGACGUACUCGGCCCCGAUUACGGUCGACAUUGAGUACACCCGGGGCACGCAGCGUGUCGUCCGGAAUGGGUUGCUAAUCGGGCGUAUGCCCAUUAUGCUGCGCUCAUCAAACUGCGUGCUUAGCGGCAAGUCCGACUACGAACUCUCGAAGGUGAACGAAUGCCCAAUGGAUCCGGGCGGUUACUUCAUUAUCCGCGGUACGGAAAAGGUGAUCCUCAUCCAGGAGCAGCUUAGCUGGAACAAGAUGAUUACGGAAGACUACAACGGCGUGAUCCAGUGUCAGGUCACGAGCUCUACGCAUGAGAAAAAAUCCCGCACCAUCCUGAUCACCAAGCACGGUCGGUACUAUCUGAAGCACAACUCCAUGACGGAAGAGAUUCCGAUCGCGAUCAUCCUGAAAGCGAUGGGCAUUGCGUCGGAUCAGGAAAUUAUGCAGCUGGUCGGGAUUGAUUCGGAAACGCAAAAGCGCUUUGCACCGUCGCUGCUGGAGGCGGCCAACCAUAAGGUGUUUACCCAGCAGCGUGCGUUGGAGUACAUGGGCUCGAAGCUGAUCGCGAAACGGUUCACAACGGCAGCAACGAAGUACAAAACAACCGCGGACGAAGCGCGCGAUUUGCUGGCCACAACGAUCCUCGCGCACGUUCCCGUGCCGAGCUUUAAUUUUCAGGUGAAAGCGAUCUACGUGGCGCUUAUGAUUCGUCGCGUAAUGGCAGCUGAGUUGGACAAGAGUGCCGUGGACGAUCGGGAUUAUUACGGCAACAAGCGGCUCGAGCUGGCCGGGUCGCUGCUUUCGCUGAUGUUUGAGGAUCUUUUCAAGCGGUUCAACUGGGAGCUGAAGAUGAUAGCGGAUAAGAACAUUCCGAAGAUAAAGGCGGCACAGUUCGACGUUGGGAAGCACAUGCGAGAGGCGCUCAUUACGUCCGGACUGGAGACGGCAAUUUCGACCGGAAAUUGGACGAUUAAACGGUUCAAGAUGGAGCGUGCCGGUGUGACGCAGGUGCUGUCGAGAUUGAGCUACAUCUCUGCGCUCGGCAUGAUGACGCGCGUCAACUCACAGUUCGAAAAGACAAGGAAGGUUUCCGGACCCCGUUCGCUGCAGCCCAGCCAGUGGGGUAUGCUAUGCCCGUCGGAUACGCCCGAAGGAGAGGCUUGUGGUUUGGUAAAGAACUUAGCGCUUAUGACGCACAUUACGACCGAGGUCGACGAGGAACCGGUGAUCCGGCUUGCGUACAAUGCCGGUGUGGAGGACAUCCGGCUGCUCGGUGGCGAGACGAUAAACAAUCCGAAGGUGUUUAUGGUGUUUAUCAACGGCAACAUACUGGGCGUUACGAUCGCUUACCGGCGGCUGGUAGAGGUGUUCCGGAUGAUGCGUCGCCGCGGGUUGAUCGGUGCGUUCGUGUCGAUCCACACCUCGUUUACGCAGCGCUGCGUUUACAUUCACACCGACGGAGGGCGACUUUGCCGGCCGUACAUUAUCGUGCAGGGCGGUAGACCGCUCGUACAGCAGGAACACAUCGAGCAGCUGAAGCUUGGGCUGCGGAAGUUCGACGACUUCCUGCACGAUGGACUGAUCGAGUAUCUGGAUGUGAAUGAGGAAAACGAUUCGUUUAUCGCGUACCAGGAGCGGGAAAUUGAUCCGGACAAGACGACGCAUCUGGAAAUCGAACCGUUUACGCUGCUGGGCGUUUGUGCCGGUUUGGUGCCGUAUCCGCACCACAACCAGAGCCCGCGUAACACGUACCAGUGUGCUAUGGGCAAGCAAGCGAUGGGAAUCAUCGGGUACAAUCAGAAAAACCGCAUCGACACGCUGAUGUACAACAUUGUUUACCCGCAAAGUCCGAUGGUACGAUCGCGCACGAUCGAGCUGACGAAUUUCGAUAAGCUUCCGGCCGGGCAGAACGCGACGGUGGCCGUUAUGAGCUACUCGGGGUACGAUAUUGAGGAUGCUCUCAUCCUGAACAAAGCAUCGAUCGACCGGGGGUACGGACGGUGUCUGGUGUACAAGAACAGCAAAUGCACCAUCAAGCGGUACAGCAACCAAACGUUCGAUCGUAUCAUGGGUCCAAUGAAGGAUGCUUUAACGGGGAAAAUCAUCACCAAGCACGAAUGUCUCGAUACGGAUGGAAUCGUAUCGCCCGGAGAGAAGCUCACCUGUAAGCAAACGAUGGUUAACAAGGAGAUGCCGGCCGUCAAGUCGAACAAUCCGAUCGAACAGAAAGAAUCCGGCCAGCAACCGAUCGCGUACAGCGCUGUUCCGAUCACGUACAAAGGCACGGAACCGAGCUACGCCGAGCGGGUACUGGUGUCCACCAACAACGAGGAAGAGUUCCUCGUAAAGAUUCUUCUGCGUCAAACACGGCGGCCGGAAAUUGGCGAUAAGUUCAGCUCCAGGCACGGCCAGAAAGGUGUGACGGGAUUGAUCGUGGAGCAGGAAGAUCUCCCGUUCAACGAUUACGGCAUGUCGCCGGACAUGGUGAUGAACCCGCACGGUUUCCCGUCCCGCAUGACGGUGGGCAAAACGCUCGAGCUGCUCGGGAGUAAGGCGGGUGUGCUGGAGGGUAAAUUCCACUACGGCACCGCAUUCGGCGGAUCCAAGUGUCAAGAUCUGCAGGACGAACUGUUCAAGCAUGGCUUCAAUUACCUUGGGAAGGAUGUGUUCUACUCCGGCAUUACCGGGGAACCGCUCGAGAUGUACAUCUACUCCGGGCCGGUCUAUUACCAAAAGCUGAAGCACAUGGUGCAGGACAAGAUGCAUGCGCGUGCGCGUGGGCCACGGGCGGUACUGACCCGGCAGCCGACGCAGGGCCGUAGCCGUGAGGGUGGUCUGCGGUUGGGUGAGAUGGAGCGGGACUGUUUGAUAUCGUACGGGGCCAGUAUGCUGAUCAUGGAACGGUUGAUGAUAUCGUCCGAUGCGUUCGAUGUGGACGUGUGCAAUGUGUGUGGCCGGCUGGCGUACUCGUCCUGGUGCCACAACUGCCGGUCGUCGGCGAGCGUUUCGAAGAUUUCGAUGCCGUACGCGUGCAAGCUGCUGUUCCAGGAGCUGACCAGCAUGAACAUUGUGCCGCGGCUGAAGUUGCAGAACUAUUAAGCUGGAGGAUUGAUGGAUCGAUUGAGGAGAUGUGAUGAAUUUUCAAUAAAGGAACCUAGAAGGAAGGUAUUGCCCAUUGAAGGGUCUAGAGUUGA